CUCCUCCGCACCACCACUCCCUGCUCCCUCUUCCCCGUCUCACUGCCAGUGCACCCGCUGUCCGCUCCGUCCUCCCAUUACCGGAGUAGCAGCAGCCGCACAGCCGAGGCGCCGCCUCGCGCCCGCCCGCCAUGACCUCGUCCGGCACGUCGGCCGUCGACGCACUGCACCAGGCGUACGACCAGACUGCCUACUACCUCGGCCUCGGCGGCGCAGACCCCAACCAGCCCGCCGGCAGCGACGAGGGCCACGCAGCUCACCGCGACGGCGACUCCAAGCGGCCGUCGCACGAGAGCGAGCGCCCGCCGCAGGGGCCCGGCAACCACCCUAACGACAGCAGCCACCCGGCGUACGGCGAGGGUCAGCAGCAGGACAGCUCGGGCGCGCCCGACGAAGAGCCGCAGCAGAACCCGGACAAGCAGGACGAGGAGCAGGGCGAGUACACGCAGCAGGCCGCCGAGUCGUCGGCGCGCUACAGCGUCGACGCGUCGGGCGGCGGCAAAGGCAAGAAGGAGGAGAAGGCGCAGCAGUCGGAAGAGCAGGAGGAGCAGAAGCAGGCCAAGCCCGAAGACGUGCGCGAUGCCAUUGAGCGUGCGCUCGGCCCUACUGGGCCCGUGGCGUCGCGCAAUGCGCAGGGCGCCGCGGCGGGCGAUGCCUCGCCGCGCUACACGCGCCAGGAGGCGCACGAGGAGCACCCCGAACAGAGCAAGAAGCUCGAGGAGCACGUCGACCGCGGGCCCGUCUGGGCCAGUCGGCCCGACGACGAGCAGCGCGAGAAGAUCCGCCGGAUGAAGGAGGAGCGCGCUGAGCGCGCAAAGCACCACCACCUCUCCUUCCUCGGGCGCCACAAGGAGGAGCGCGAGGAGAAGCACGAGGAGAAGGAGAAGGCAAAGGGCGACAAGGAGGAGGAGGGCGGCGCCCCGUCGCAGCAGAAGAAGCCGCUGAGCGCCCUGCUGCCCAUCCGCCGUCGCUUCAGCGGCAGCCAACCGUCGACGCCGGCGCCUGCCGGGCCCUCGUCGCAGCCGCAGACGCCGACGUCGGCCGGCGGCGCCAAGGCAGCCAGCCGCCCGGCGCUCAAAUCGCCGAGCUCGCAGUGGAGCACCAAUGACCGCGCCAUGCGCGGUGCCUGGGGCGGCAACCAGCAGCCGAUGACCGCAGAGCCUGAAGAGGACGAAGAGGCGGCCUCGCCGCGCGGCCGCAAGUCGGGCGCCUCGCAGGACACGCCGGAGCGGCCGCGCAGCACGAGCAAGAAGCACAGCGACUCGCCAGUGGCGUCGCCGCGCCUCGGCAGCAGCAGCCGCCAGAACACGGGCGGCUCGGCAGCCGCGCGGCGCUCCGGCUCGGGCGAGGCGAGCGACGGCGUUAACUCCAAGAUGACGCGCAUCAGCAAGCUCAUGCUGGGCAAGACGGACGACGUGGGCGAUGCGUCGACGGGCGAGGCAGCUGGGCAGGCUGCCGGCGGCGGCGACGAGGAGAAGACGCCGUCAAGCCCGCCCGUCGGCGUCGCAAAGUGGGGCGUGCUGAAGCAGAAGAUCAACAAGGGCGAGCUGACGCGCGGCAAGAACCUGCGCAGCGGCGCGACGGACAAGCAGCGCGCCGCUGGGCCGAUGAGCGUCGUGACAGAGCUGCAGAGCGGCAUUCUGCCCGUCUUCAUGCUGAAGAUGUCGAUUGAGCGCGACGAGCAGAAGCACCGGCGUAUCCCGGUGCUGCUGAACCAUCUCAAGCUGCGCAUCACCGACAGCGUCAACCCGCUCAACAACACGCACGCCGUGUUCCGCAUCGAGCUCGAGUACGGCGACGGCCUGGUGCGCUGGGUGUGCUACCGCGAGCUGCGCGACUUUAUCAACCUGCACGCGCACUACCGCGCCGCCGCGCUGCGUGGCUACCUCGGACGCCCCGUGGGCCAGGCCGAGGGCGACGUCGGCCUGCCGAGCUUCCCCAAGACCAGUCUGCCGUACCUCAACCAGCUGCAGCGCCAGGGCCGCGGCAAGGACGGCGGCGAUGCGCGCGCCAGCUUUGCAAAGGCGCAGCGCGACGCGCUCGAGGACUACGUCAUUGAGCUCAUCCGCCGCACAAUGUUCCGCCCCGAGGCGAACCGCAUCUGUAAGUUCUUUGAGCUCAGUGCCCUGUCCAUCUCGCUGGCGAGCCGCGGCGGCUACCAGGGCAAGCAGGGCUACCUGCGCAUCAUGUCCAAGUCGUCGCGCAAGGACAACCAGAAGGGCAUCCUCACGCCCGUCUCGUGGGCCAAGUCGCACGAGCCCAAGUGGUUCAUCGUGCGCGAGUCGUACAUCGUCGUCGUCGACGAGCCGGACGAGCUGCAGGUGUACGACGUGUUCCUCAUCGACGGCGACUUUGCCAUUGAGCGACCCAAGCGCUUCUACAAGCAGACGAUUCACCUUGCUUCGGAGCUCGCCAGCGACGACAAGGACAAGGACAAGAACGGCGAGAAGAAGGACAGCGGCACGAACCCGGAGCACGCCGCUCUGCUCACCGACGGCCAGUACGGCGGCGAGACGGGCGCCGACGACGACUCGCCCGGCUCGAAGAGCGUCAGCAGCCACACGUUCUACAUUCGCAACGCGCAGCAGCGCCUGCGCCUCGUGGCCAAGACGGAGCGCCUGAUGCGCCAAUUCAUCGGCAGCCUCGAGCGCGUGGCGGCGCGCAACAUCUUCUCCGGCUCGAACCGCUUCGGCAGCUUCGCGCCGAUCCGUCUCAACUGCAGCGCGCAGUGGCUCAUCGACGGCCGCGACUACUUCUGGAACCUGUCCAAGGCGCUGCUCAUGGCCAAGGACCGCAUCUUCAUCCACGACUGGUGGCUCUCGCCCGAGGUGUACCUGCGCCGCCCCGGCACGCCCAAGUACCGCCUCGACAACAUCCUGAAGAAGAAGGCCAGCGAGGGCGUCAAGAUCUUCGUCAUCGUGUACAACGAAGUGUCGAACAACUUCACGCCCACCGACUCGAACUACACGAAGCAGCGCCUCAUCGGCCUGCACCCCAACAUCUUCGUGCAGCGCUCGCCGAGCCACUUCCAGACGGGCACGUUCUACUGGGCGCACCACGAGAAGCUCUGCGUGAUCGACGAGACCAUCGCCUUUAUGGGCGGCCUCGACCUCUGCUUCGGCCGAUGGGACACGCCGGCGCACGUGCUCACGGACGACUCGCAGUACGACCCCGUCGAAGGCAACCUGUCGAGCGCGAACCUCAAGGACGACCCCGCGCUCCUGGGCCCCGGACGCGACGGCUCCGAGGCGCACAUCUGGCCGGGCCAGGACUAUGCCAACGAGCGUGUCAUGGAGUGGCACGACCUGACGAAGCCGGCCAACGACCUCAUCGACCGGCAGCACCACCCGCGCAUGCCGUGGCACGAUGUCGGCGUGCAGCUCGUCGGCCAGCCGGCGCGCGACCUGUGCCGGCACUUCAUCCAGCGCUGGAACUACCUGCUGCGCAUCAAGAACCACAAGCGCCUCAUGCCGUUCCUCAUCCCGCCGCCGGACUUCCAGCCGUCGGACCUGACCAAGUACCAGCUGACGGGCACGUGCGAGGCGCAGAUCUGCCGCUCAGCCGGGCCGUGGAGCAUGGGCACGGCGACGACCGUCGAGCACUCGAUCCAGAAUGCGUACCUCAAGGCGAUCCAGAUGAGCGAGCACUUCGUCUACAUCGAGAACCAGUUCUUCGUCACCUCGACGGUCGUGCGCGGCACAGAGAUCACGAACCAGAUCGGCGAGGCGCUCGUCUCGCGCAUCAUCCGCGCGCACCGCGAGGGGACCAAGUGGCGCGCCGUCAUCAUUAUCCCGCUCAUCCCCGGCUUUCCGAUGCCGAUCGACCACCCCGACGCCGGCUCGGUGCGCCUCAUCGUCGAGUGCCAGAACCGCAGCAUCUGCCGCGGCGAGCACAGCAUCUUUGGCAAGCUCAAGCGCCAGGGCAUCAACCCCGACGACUACAUCAGCUUCUUCUCGCUGCGUCAGUGGGGCAAGCUGCGUGGCGGCAAGCUCUCGACGGAGAUUGGCUACAUCCACGCCAAGUGCAUGGUCGUCGACGACCGCCUCGCGAUCAUCGGCUCGGCCAACAUCAACGAGCGCUCGCAGCGCGGCGACCGCGACUCGGAGCUCGCCGUCGUCAUCCGCGACACGGACAUGAUCGACAGCACGAUGGCGGGCAAGCCAUUCAAGGUCGGCCGCUUCGCGCACACGAUGCGCGUGCGCCUCAUGCGCGAGCAUCUCGGCGUGGACGUCGAUGACAUCGAGGCACAGGAGGCCGCAAACGUCAACCGCCCGCCGGCCUCGCGCGACGGCUCGCAGGACGAAGAGGACGACCAGUGGGACCCGGACCACGAGCAGCGCCGCGACGGCGACCCGGACGCUGGGCAGACCCGCGUUCAGGCGCGCACAACCGCCGCGACGCAGUUUGGCCGCACUGUUGGACAGGCCGUCUCGGGCAUGGCCAACAACCUCAGCAAUGAGAUCCGCAACGAGGCGUCGGAGAACAACCCCCUCGCCCGCGGCGCUGCCAAGGCGCUCGACAGCGACGACCAGCCAAAGGGCGGCGACGAGGAGGGCGCGACCGGCUCGACGCAGGACUACGUGCAGGACGGCGACGAGCGCGCAAAGCGCAUCGCCGAGAACCCGGAGAAUCCGGGCUCGGCGUCGAACCGCCCCGUCGUGCCGACGCUCGAGGAGCGCUUCGUGGCCGAGCAGCGCCAGAACGGCGGCUCGAGCACGCCGCGCAACAACAACCGCAGCCGCGGCGGCUCGGUGUCCGAGACGGCGGCGCAGCGCCGCGCCGCCAACGGCAGCUCGCACGACCUGAAGCACAAGCAGUCGCGCGGCGGCGCCGGCGGCAACCCCUGGGCGCUUCCAGCCGAAACGCCGGAGGUCGACAAGGACAACUUCACCGACCCCGUCUGCGACGAGUUCUUCCGCGACGUCUGGCUCGCCUCGGCCGUGCACAACACAGACAUCUUCCGCCGCGUCUUCAAGGCGACGCCCGACGACAACGUGCUCACGUGGUCGGAGUUUAAGGCCUGGACGGCGUGGUACGACCGUCUGCAGCGCUCCUUCCGCUCCGAAACGACGAAGCCGCCGCCGGAGCAGCAGGGUCCGCCGCCGGGCGAGGACGGCGCGUCGCUGUCGACGUCGCAGAGCCGCGCCGCCGACGAGAAGGGCACCGGCAAGUCGAGCAGCGCCAAGGUGCAGGAGGCGCCCUCGACGCUGCCGCGCGCGACGCCCAAGAUGCCCAACGAGGGCUUCUCGCCGCAGGAGCUCGACCAGAUGGAGGCGCUGCUCGGCGAGCUGCAGGGCACGCUCGUCAUGCACUCGACGCGCUUCCUCGAGGCCGAGGAUCUCUCGGACAACAUGCUCUUCUCGCUCGACCGCGUCGGCCCGCUGCAGGUGUACAACUGAGCGCGACGUCACGACGACGCGCGCCUCUCCGUACCCUGCCUCCUCACCUCGGACACAUCUGCGAUACCUCCACGCUCCUUCCACACACACACCCUAGACUACACAGAGUCAUGCCUCACAUCAUCGCCUCCUUUCUCGCCCCAAUGCAUCCUUCACAGCGUCGCAUCC